GUAUUUAUUAGUUUGUUUGUUUUUAAAAAGCUACUAAAGUAUUUUAUAGGUAAUGCAUUUAAGAAAAGAAUCUUUUUUAGCAAAACUAUGAAUACAAGUACUCCUUGUUUAGUGGCUGUCUCAUUUGGUGUCAAAUUGCAGUUACAGUACAAUGAUGAUGAAAAAGAAGUUAUGCAACCAAUGCCCACAUUUACAAUCUUUGCAGGUCUGUAUAAAGUAAAGAAAAGUUGUAGUAAUAUCAUAACCACAGUUGCAGUUUCACAUAGCCACCACUUUGCUUAACAACUGAAUUGCAGGUCCCAAUUGUGGUCGCUAAAAGAGGAUUACUUAUAUUGUUAGUUCUAAUCAGCUGAGACUGCCGAAUCAACUUUCACCCUUCCCUGUUCUGUCUGUUUUAAUCUCACGUGAGUUGUUUGCGAAUCAAAUCAGACUUGCUAGUUUCCCAAACUCACUGGAACAAAUGCGUUUACAUGGAGGAUAGUACAAAUGUUGGGAUUCCUCUUUCAGUGAUUCUGGUGUAUAGCUCUAGCUCCUUUUUCUCACACUACAACCAAUAAAGAAAAACUGAAUGCAUCGAUUAUUUGCAUCCAGAUGUUCCUCGUGCAAGAACUUUUGUGAAUGUCCUCAAGAGGGCAGCAAAUGUCAACACAAGCUUGCAUUGUGGACUGCAGCCAUCCGUCAAGGCCUCUGAGAGGGUCUUGUGACCGCACCAAUGUGACCAGAUGGCACAGCACUCCCCCUCCCUCCCUCCCUCCCUCCCUCCCACUCCUCAGCAGCGCGACAAUCAAUCCUCUUAGACUUCUCCUAAUGACUGCCAAAGCCGCUGAUCAAACAGAAAUCAUGACGGAGCUGUUGGAUCAGUCUGAGAACAAUCUGCUCGAAUGCAAAGUGUGCUUCGAAAAUUUUAACCCCGAGAAAAAGCAUCGGCCGAAGAACUUGCCAUGCGGGCAUGUGAUGUGCCUGGAGUGUGUCAUGUCUCUGGCCCACCCUCGGAAUUCCAGGCUGGAGUGCCCUUUCUGUCGAAGGGCUUGCAAAGCUUCAGAGACUAGCGACUGCUUGCCGUUGUUGCACCUGAUGGAAAUCUUGAAUCCUUCAGCCAACCGGACUCCGGUUGUUGGGAAGACAGUAGGGAGAAAGGAGGCUGUGGCUGCCCCUGGAUCUCAGCUCUUCACCUUUCACCUUUCUUUCGGAGGCUGGGGGACGCUGAUCAACCCCACAGGGCUGGCUGUGUGUCAGAGCUCCAGCUGUUUAGCCGUGGCCCACGAUGGCAAGAAGCGAAUCAAGCUGUUCAGCUUCAGUGGCAGCUGCAUACAGCAGUUCGGAGAAAGAGGGCAAUCCGGAAAUGACCUCCGGUACCCGACUGAUGUCGCAGUCACGCUGGACGGUCACAUUGUGGUCACAGAUAGCGGGGAUCGUUCGGUCAAAGUGUUCGAUUGUGACGGCAGAGGCAAAAUGGUCAUCGCGGAGUCCUUUUCCUUGCCGUGGGGCCUUGACACCCUGCCCCAAGACGACAUCCUCAUGACCGAUUCGGAGGCAGGUGCUCUGUACCGCUUGUCGGCUGACUUUAAAAAUGGAGAAUUAAAGGGAGUGAAGAAGUUGUAUUCUAACCUGUGUUAUCCGAGGAAAGUGGCUGCUUCGCCCGUCUCUGGAGCCAUCGCUGUCAUCGAACACUUGAUGGCCAGAGGGCCCUGCUACGGCAAUACCAGGCUGAAAAUCUUCAACAGAGACUUGCAGCUAAUCGGUCAGGUGGACAGUUUCGGCCUGAGUCUUGUCUUCCCUUCCAAAGUCCACGCCAGUGCUGUGACCUUUAGCAGGGAAGGGCAAGUAAUAGUAACGGAUGCUUAUAACCAAGCCGUUUUCUCUCUUGGAAAACCCGAAGAAUUCCCUAUGUGUACACCACUGAUAACUCAGGGACUUUCCUACCCUUUGGCAUUAACUUUCAUAUCAGAUAAUUCUCUAGUCAUUUUAGACGGGGGCGAUCAUUCUUUAAAAAUAUAUGCUCUCAGCUAAGCAGUGGCCUCUGGGUGGGACUCAAACCAGCUGGCAAUUUCAAGGAAGAUAUAUACAAAAUGCUUAAUUCUCUGGCUGGUGGGUUUGAAUCUUACCUGGCUUAGCUGUAGUGGAUUUUGGUUCCAACAAGUUGAGACGUACUUAGCUCUGUAGCUUUGUACCUCCCUCCCCGAAUGGAAGGCAAUUUAUUUCUGAGUGAAACUGCACCGCAAAAUCAUCGCCCCGUACUAGAAUUAAUGUAGUAAAAUAUAUGGAGCCACACGUGGCCUACUUUGAAAAUGGAUAUAUUUGGUUCUGGAUAGGAUGAGUUUCUCUUGGGUUAUUGAUGGUACAAAGCCUUGACCCUUUCACCGGGGUUUCUUAAAACAAAAUAAAGGAUUCUUUUAUUUUC